AGCAAUGGCGACGGCCAGUGGCAGGAGACAAGUAUGGCCGAUGUGACGGCUUUUUGUUUCUCAAAAUUCGCGUUUUGCUGGGAAUCUAGCUAAGUUUAGUAGUUUUCGUCCCGUUCACCAUUGCAGCCCGAAAUCCAGACUGUUAGAUUUCUCGGCGAAAGUCGAAUUUCCUCGGCUGCGGUCUGUUGGGCGUCGCAUCCAGCACCUUCCGAGACCGAGGCCAAAUUCCACCCUGGUGGAGGUCGCCAUCGAGUAGUUUUAUGUGGAUAAAAUAAAGCUGAUGUUUCACUUUGUAUGAUGAGAAUAUAGAAAAGUAGACCGGCCCCGUCAUGCAUCUGCACGAACCGAUCAAAUCGGCUAUUUGGAACUGCCUGAACAACUACGACUAUGAGAACGCCACUUUCCUUGCCGAACGCCUGUGUGCUCAGGUGCAGAGCAACAAUGGCGAGGCGCAGUACCUGCUGGCAACCUGCUACUACCGCGCGGGCAAACAAGUGCAGGCAUGUGAUGUGCUGAGGAAGAGCAGCGACUCGGCCGAGAGCAAACUUUUGCUUGCCAAGUGCUACAUGGAUCUGAAAAAAGUGAAGCAGGCGGAAAACACAUUAUUCGAUGGAUACUUGUGGCUUUUAAAACCGGUCUACGACCAGUUGGAGGAAAUCGAACGCACCUUUGGAGACCUGGCGUGCUUCGCCCUCCAACUUUUGGGGAAAAUCUACCAGGAGACGCAGCGGUUAGCCCAGGCCAAGGAGGCCUUCCGCUACUGUCUGCGGCUCAACCCAUUCCUCUUUGCAGCCUAUCAGAGUUUGUGUGACCUCGGAGCCAAGCCGGACGCCAAUGAGUUCUUCCAGCUGAAGCCCAACCACAAGUUGUCUGCCCUGACAGGUUCGAGUGGCAGCAACUCUGUGUUUGACUCCAACCUGGGCAAGGAGCAGCCACCAGCCGCCUUUAUUUAUCCUCAGAAAUUGUCCUUCGGCUCAGAAUCGUCAACGGAGAGCAACCCCAAGUCGUCCGGCCUGUCCAUCAUUACUAGAAGUAGGUUCGCAAGACUGACUAGAGGCCAAGACUUACUCGGCUCGGGCCAGAACAGUUUCGGAAGGCCGGACUCGUCGCCGGACUCCAUAGCUUCGCAGAAUUCAACACCAGAUGAAUCACCAGUGAUCACGCCAACUAUGUUCGGUGGCACCAACAUCGGGCACCUGCCGUCGGCGCCCUCUAAAAAAUUUAAAACUAGGAGGGAUCAUGAUUCGCCUCUUCAACAAUCAAAGCCUUUCGUGAUAAAUCAAGCUAACAACUCGGCAACUUCCUCGCUGGGAACGUCAGCGUUGACCCUGACGCCAAGUCCGGGACCCAGUACCUCCAACAGUCAGCAAAGAGUGAGAAGAAGCACCCGUCUCUACACAAACAGCAACGGCUCCGUAAAAGAAAACGAAAAGAGCCACUCCACAAGUACGAAGAAAACCGCAACCCCCAAAUCUCCGCGCUCCGGCCGAAAAAGCAGCUCAACAAAAACUCCCUCAGCCAAGUCAACAACCACAGAAAUGAAUGAGAAAAAUCUGAUCGAGUCGUACAACGUGGCGGCCGAACUGUCCUUGGUGCACAGUCACAGCAUUAAAGAGUUCCUCGACAUCUUAAAACAGAUUGGGCAGGCCUAUCUGUGCCUCUCGCGUUACGAGUGCAAAAAGAGCAUCGACAUUCUGGACAAGCUGCCCGAGAAGCACUACAAGACGGGCUGGGUGUUGUGCGCCAAGGGCAAGGCUUAUUACGAGUUGUCCGACUACAAAACGGCUGUGAAGAUUUACGAGGAGUGCCGCGAGUUGGAACCGUCGCGGCUUCAGGGCAUGGAAGUUCUAAGUACAGCAUAUUGGUACCUAGAACAUGAGGUCGCCUUAUCAGCUCUCUGCCAUGAAAUGCAAGAAAUCAACCGCAACAGUGUGGAAACAUGUCUGGCGCUGGGCAACUGCUUCAGUCAGCAGCGGGAACACGACACGGCCAUCAAGUUCUUCAAGCGCGCUGUCCAACUCAAUGACAAGUGCGCCUACGCCUUCACCCUCCUUGGCCAUGAGCAUGUCCAGACGGAAGAGCUCGAGUGGGGCCUCACCUGCUUCCGAACCGCCAUCCGUCUCGACUCGAGGCAUUACAACGCAUGGCUAGGCCUCGGCUCCAUAUACUACAAGCAGGAGCGCUACCAGCUGGCUGACCUGCACUUCAAGAUGGCUUACAAAAUCAACCCUCACAGUUCGGUUGUGAUGAAUUUCGUGGCCGUCUCUCUGCAAGCGCUCAAAAAGUCGGACGAGGCCAUGAAAAUCCUCAACAAGGCCAUCAGAUCCAAUCCGGAAAAUCCAAUUUGUAAAUUCAACCGGGCCAAGAUUUUGUUUGCUAAUGAAAAGUACGAGGAGGCGCUCAGGGAGCUUGAAGAACUGAAAGAACUGGUGCCUAAGGAAGCUCAGGUAUACUUCCUGACUGGGAAGGUCCAUGCAAAGCUGGGCAACACCCACUUGGAACUGAUGCACUUCUCCUGGAUGAUGGACCUUGAUCCCAAGGGGGCCAACUCGCAGAUUAAAGAGGCCCUUGACCCCGCCCUGAAUCGCACUGUGGCGUCUGUGGCCAGUCAGAGCAGCGGCCUUUUGGAGCCGACGGACACGGCCAUGGCCACAGACGCGCCGCCGUCGGACUCGUUGCAGGAGGCAGCCGGAUUAGGGAACGCCAUGAACAUGGACGACCACCUGCACGAGUCCAGUGAUGAUAGCCUUUGAAUGUCUAGACGUGCCAACAGUACUGAUUUCAAUGAGGAAUUGCUCUUACAUGAGUUUGAAUGGAUGAAAGGUCUGCUUGUGAAUUUUCAUCUACUUGCAUUACAGCUGACUGAUUACCAGCACUACGGUUAAUGUUUAUUUAUGAUCGGUUAUUAUAAUUAAAAAAAAAUAAGAGUGGAAAUUUGCUACGAAUUGAUUUAGUUGUCUUGGAAGAUAUUUUGUGAGCAACGUGUAGAUACGAUUCUAAGAUAUAAUUAAAAGGAUUUAAAGUAUCGUCCAUAAAUAUUUUUUGUCUCUUAUU